AUGUCACUCACAGUAAAGGAGAAGAAUCAGGUCCGGUUGGUGUUCUUGGGGGCAGCAGGGGUGGGGAAGACUUCACUGAUCAGACGCUUUUUGCAGGAUACGUUUGACCCCAAGCACAGGAGGACAGUGGAAGAGUUGCACAGCACGGAAUAUGACACUGCAGGGGGCACUGAGGUGAAAAUUGAGAUCCUGGACACAAGUGGGAGCUAUGAGUUCCCUGCCAUGAGAAAGCUGAGCAUGCAAAGUGGAGAUGCUUUUGUUCUGGUGUAUGCAGUGGACGAUCCAGACUCUUUUGAGAAUGUGAAGAGAUUAAGAGAGGAGAUCCUGGAAGCCAAGCAAGAUAAAAGUCCACCCAUUGUUGUAGUGGGCAACAAGAAGGAUGAGGGUACCAUACAGAAGGUACCAUGGGAUGAGGUCCUCUCCACUGUGGAAAUGGAGUGGAACAGCCGGUUGCUGGAGACUUCUGCUAAGGAGAACUUUAAUGUGACUGAGAUCUUUAGGGUAAUGCUAAGGGAAGUCAACCUUCCUAGCCGGCUGAGCCCAGCACUGAGGAGGAGAAGAGAAACCAUACCCAACGAUGUCAGCACCAAACCCCCCAUGAGCAAAACAAACAGCUGCAGCAUCUGCUGA